GCUCGACUUUCUGACAGCUCCGCAGAUCACGUGCACCCCAUCCGGAUCAUUCUUGAGUGGCAGGUUUUUGAUUUCAUGAAGAUUGAUGACCGUCUGGCCCCGAGCAGGGAUACAAAUUCGGAGAUUUUGUCUUGUGCUGUAUAGUCUUGGGAGUUGAUAUACUGAACUACUGGCUGGCCAUCAUGUUCAUCCUGACUACGAUCUCCGAUCUGAUUCAGAUCGCACCCGAGGACUUUUCCAAGCUCAGUGCAGUUGCAAUUGAGGAUAAUAUCAAUGAGAAAUAUGCCAACAAGGUGAUCCAAAAAAUCGGCCUCUGUGUCAGCUUCUAUGACCUCCUCGAGUCCUCAGAUGGCCUGAUCGGUCAUGGAACUGGGCUGGUCAAUGUAAACGUGAAAUUUCGCAUGAUCGUCUUCCGGCCCUUCAAGGGCGAGAUCAUGCUGGGCAAGAUCUCCAGCAGUACCGACAAGGGUAUCAAGAUCAGCGUCGAGUUUUUCAACGAUAUCCUCAUCCCACCGUCGAUGCUGAUGGACGGCGCUACAUUUGAUCACGCGGACCAAGUAUGGACCUGGGAUAACGACGGCACCAUGUUCUAUCUGGACGUGGGCGAGAUUGUCCGCUUCCGCGUGGAGACGGAAGAGUGGCAUGAUCAGAUCCCCAAUGCGCCAGAUCUCGGCGAAGAGCUUCCUACUGACCGGAAGCCUGCAUAUUCCAUCUUCGGCUCGAUGCAGAUCCACGGUCUGGGACCUAUCACUUGGUGGUAAAGUGUUUCUUUGGACGAAAUCAGAUUAGAUGAUUCGUCUUAGGUUAGAAUCUUGGAUGGCGCUUUGGUGGAGCAGUGUAAAUUUCCUUCGUCAGAUCAGAUACCCAUGCAGACCUGGUACUUAGCAGACUGGGCGCAAAAAUA